AUGGUUUACUGGGCUCUUAUCCACACCCUGCUGUUUGCAGUUGCAGGCUUUGCUCAUCCUCAGGCGAAUGACACGUUCAAAUACGAUUAUUCAAUACGAGGUCGUAACCCCGCUCCCAACACUCAUUUCAGCACUUCCUCGUAUAGCGAGCGGUUCCCUGAUAUUGCAGCUGCGUUUGACGGCAAUAAGCGCUUCAUGGCGAACCGUGACAGCGCACUAUUCCAAUCGCUUGUUCAGAAUGGCCAGAAACCACCGUUUAUGAUGGUGGCCUGUUCCGACUCUCGCGCGUCCGAAUCCAUCUUCGACUUGGCUUUCGGGAAUUUCUUCAUGGAGAGAAAUAUCGCCAAUCAGUUUAGGUUGGACGACUUCAAUACCCAAAGGUUCGUCCUCGAUCUUGAGACAUCCAGCUUGAGGGCGCUAACGACAUAUGACUACAGCGUCAUGUCCUAUGGCGUCUAUGCGUUAGGCGCUCAGCAUAUUGUUAUUCUUGGUCAUUAUAGUUGCGGAGGCGUUGCCGCAUCCAUCGCUACCCCUCCAAAGGCGCCAAUCGACGUUCCGACUCAAAUCGUACACACAUGGAUAUCCGACAUUCGCAGCCUCUACCUCUCCUCGAAUCGUACAGAAGUCGCCCAAAUGCGCAUCGCAAACGAGAUCAAGGAGGCUUCGGGCGGUACAGUUCCGCCGCCAGGGAUCAGGGAUCCUGGCUUCCGAGCUCUUGUGGAAGAAAAUGUCAAGUUGCAAGUUCAGAAAGUUGUUGAUAGCCCGGUUAUCAAGAACCGCUUUGCGGAAAUCGUCCAAAGACUAAAUCCGGACGGAACUCCAAAGCCCUCUGAACAAGAUUCACAUCAUCAGAGACGCGGGGAAACGGGCUCAAUUCGUCCACUCUUUGUACAUGGAUGGGUACAUGACCUCGAGACCGGUGAGGUAAUCGACCUGAACGUCUCGCGCGGUCCUCCUGGAUUCGAAAAUUACACGCCUUCAUCUGAUGGUUCAUCACAUCCACCACCAGCAUCUAGCUAG